AUGCUAGCCAAACAAACUCUGACGACCCUCCUGGGAGGGGCCACUCUUGCCCUUGCCAAAACCGCCGCGGAAAAACUUCCCUCUCAGGCGGAGAUCCAAGCUUCUCAGGCCACCGUUCUUCCCUACUCGCCCGUCUCCAACGUCAAGGGUCUUGCCUUCAACCGGUUUGUGAAUAUCUGGUUGGAGAACACUGACUUUGAGGAUGCGGCCAAGGACCCUAGUCUGUCCAAGCUGGCCGACAAGGGCCUUCUUCUGAGCAACUAUUGGGCCAUCACGCAUCCCAGUGAGCCUAAUUACGCCGCAUCCGCUGGCGGUGACACGUUUGGCAUGGACAAUGAUGACUUCAAUCAGAUCCCCAGCAACGUCUCUACCAUUGCAGACAUGCUAGACGUCAAGCACAUUGCCUGGGGGGAAUACCAGGAACACAUGCCGUACCCAGGCUACCAGGGCUACCGGUAUCCGGAGAAGGGACCGAAUGAUUAUGUUCGCAAACAUAAUCCUAAGAUUCUGUACAACUCCAUCACCCAGGACGCUCUUCGUCUCCGCCAGAUCAAGAACUUCACUGAUUUCUACGAUGACCUUAAAAACCACCGUCUCCCACAAUACAGUUUCAUCACACCAAAUAUGACUAACGACGCUCAUGACACCAACAUUACCUUUGCGGGUUCCUGGACCUACCGCUUCCUCGCAGAACUCCUCGAGGACGAAUACUUUACCAAGGACACUCUUAUCCUCCUGACCUUCGACGAGAACGAUACUUACGAGAUUGGAAACAAAAUCUACAGCUUCCUGGUCGGCGGUGCCGUCCCGGAAAAUCUCCGCGGCAAGAAGGAUGACACCUUCUACACACACUACUCCAUCAUCGCAUCGCUCUCCGCUAACUGGGGCCUGCCCUCACUAGGCCGUUGGGACUGCGGAGCCAAUCUGCUCAGUUUCCUCGCCGACAAGGUCAACUACACCAACUGGGAGGUCGAUACCACCCACUUGUAUCUGAACGAGACAUACCCAGGCCCCAUGUCGACUGGCGACUACAGUCUCUACACGCCUCAAUGGCCGGUUCCUUUGACUCAGGGAGCUUGCUCCGCCGGCCAUGGCAUUCUCGAACUCGUCAAGCAGACCUGGAAGGGUCUCACGGCUACUUAUAAUUAUACCAGCCCUGUGCCGUAUGAUUCGGCUAGUGAGAAUAAUGUUGGGAUUAAGUAUAGCCGUAAGAAGAAUGGUCAGGUAGAGACCCAUAUCACGGAGUAG